AUGUUCUCCCUCCUGCAAUACAUCUAUCUCAAACUACGUGCUAUCCUCAUCCGCACCAUUCUCGACUUCACCCUCGGCCGCCCCAAAGCAACCCCCGACGAGAUCCUCCAGAUUCCCUCCCGCGAUCCGAUCCGCACCAUUAAAGCCCACAUCUACCAUUCAUCUUCAUCUUCACCAUCAUCCAAAACACCCAUCCUCUUCAACUUCCACGGCAGCGGCUUCGUCCUCCGCCACCACGGCUCAGACGACGAAUACUGUCGCUACAUCACCAAGAACACACCCUACACCGUCUUCGACAUCCAAUACCGUCUCGCACCCGAAUACCCCUUCCCCGCGGCCUUCCACGAUGUCGAAGAUACCGUGACCUGGGCACUCUCUCAACCAGAGCGCUUCGAUCUCUCCCGUCUCGCGCUCUCGGGGUUCAGCGCCGGUGCUAAUCUCUCGCUCGCUGUGUCGUCAUCGUCGACGGCUCUCCCCCGUGAUGCGAUAGCAACUACGAUGGCUUUCUACUCGCCCACUGAGCUGGCGGAGGAUCCGGCGGUUAAGGUCGCGCCGGAUACCUCGGGGAAGGUGAUUCCGGCUGGUGUGUCGCGGUUUUUUCAUCAGUGUUUGAUUCCGAGGGGGGUUGAUGGGCGGGAUCCGAGGAUUUCGCCGUUGUAUGCGGACCCGGGCUCGUUUCCGAGGAAUGUUUUAAUUGUUACCGGGUCGCAGGAUCCGUUUGCGAUUGAGGCGGAGGCGGUGGCUGAGAAGAUUAGGCUGGCUAAUGUGCAGUUGAAGGGUGAGAGACGUGUCGUUUGUCAGAGGAUGGAGGAGUGUCCGCAUGCUUGGGAUAAGCAUGCUAUACCUGGAAGUGUGCAGGAAAGGGCCAAGUUUGAUGCUUAUAACCUAGCUGUGGAGAUGUUGAAAAGGUAG